AUGGCGGCUAUGCCUCCUGUAGCAAGAGGUGACGCCGCGGCGGCUCCCUGGAAGAAGAACCUCUCUGCCCACCUCCUUUGCCCUGAAUGCAAGGAGGUUCCGCCCAACCUAGAGUUCCCCGACUCCCACGAGACGGUCUGCGGCUCUUGUGGCCUCGUGCUGGCCGAUCGGGAAAUUGACCUGCACUCGGAAUGGCGAACGUUUUCCAACGACGACCAGAAUAAUGACGAUCCGUCCCGUGUCGGAGAUGCUAUGAAUCCAUUGCUCAACGGCGACCAGCUGGAGACCUCGAUUGCAAGUGGGGGUUCCGGUCGGGCCCGCGAUCUGUAUCGGGCCCAGAACAAACAGUCCAACGAGAAAGCGAACAAGGCGCUUCUGGCAGCAUACAAAGAGAUCGGUGCCCUGUGCGAUGGUUUCAACAUUCAGAAGAAUGUGGCCGACACCGCCAAGUAUCUGUUCAAGGUCGUGGACGAUGCCAAGGCCUUCAAGGGCAAGUCCCAGGAUGUGAUCAUCGCCGGAUGCAUUUUCAUUGCAUGCCGGCAGUGCAAGGUCCCGCGCACUUUCAGCGAAAUCUUCGCCGUGACCAAGGUCACGCGAAAGGAGAUCGGCCGCAUCUACAAGGCACUAGAGAAGUUCUUCACCGCGCAGAACGUCGAGCGCAACAACGCCGUGGUGUCGAAUGGCGGUGUGCCUGAUCCCAAUGAUACUUACACUGCCACUACCUCGACCAAGCCCAGUGAUCUGUGCAACCGUUUCUGCAACCUCCUCGAUUUGCCGUACCAGGUCACCAGUGUGUCGUCUGCACUCUCGGAUCGGGUUACCACUAUGGGCGAUUUGGCCGGACGUUCUCCAUUAUCUAUCGUCGCGGCCUGCAUCUACAUGGCGUCCUACCUGAUGGGCCACGGCAAGUCCGCCAAGGAGAUCUCCCUGGUGGUGCAUGUCAGCGACGGAACCAUCCGCGGCGCCUACAAGCAGCUUUACGCCGAGCGUGAGCGUCUGAUUGACCCGGAGUGGAUCAAAGACGGCAAGGGAGACCUGGCCAAGCUGCCGGCCAGUUGA